UCUCUCCCUGGUCCUCUCUCAGCUGUGAAAGGGGAGGCGGGGUUUGGCCCAGGGGGAGGGGUGUGCCUAUAAGAGGGACGAGCAACAGCAUCAACUGAGUUGUGCUAAUCAGAGACUGGAGCUUCAGGACACUACAGACGCCUUCGGACACAGCCACAGCCACAGACACAGCCACAGCCACAGCCACAGACACGGCCACAGACACAGACACAGCCACGCACCUGCCUGCCUGCCUGCUUGCCGUUAGGACCGGGAUCCACGCCAGCUGUCCCAGCAGCAGACCCAGGUGAGCAAGGGCCAGAGCCACAGCAGCACAGGACUCCCCACAGCCCAGGCAGCGCCCAUGAGGCCCCACCCAGGCAUGAAGAGCCAGUUGUGGAUGCUGGUGUUCAUCGGCUUGUUCGUCCCCGGACACAGCGACUGUCAGGGGGACUGCCUCUCCUGCCUCGAGCUCCUGCCCAAAGACCAAGCCUUCAACACACUGGUGUGUUUGCUGGAGUGCCACAGCCACAGAAACAUCUCUCCUGGGCUCAGCUGGGAGGUGUGCCGCAAAGUCGUGGAGAAGCCGCAGUUACCCUCCCAGUCCCUGGGGGGCGCCAUGCUGAAACGCUCCGAGGAGGACGUGCCUGAACAGGGGGAUGGUGGUGGACUGGUGUAUUCUGAAGCCCUGCAGAGGUUUGACCACAUGGCCAGGGCUCUGGGUCUUGAUCAACAGGACGUGCAGAGCCGGACGACCCAGCUGGAGUCCGAGACCGUGGAGGGGAACCAGGAGGAUGAGGAGGGUGAGGAGGAGGUGGAGGGCGAGGAGGUGGACAGGGACCGGGACGGGGGGGCCGCCGCCAUAAACCUGACCAAGCGCUUCGGGGGCUUCCUGAAGGGCAAGUAUGGCUACAAGAAGCUGGUGAACCCGGGGAGGUCCUACCAGAAGCGCUACGGCGGCUUCAUAGGCGUCCGCAAAUCUGCCCGAAAGUGGAACAACCAGAAACGUUUCACCGAGUUCCUGAAGCAGUACCUGGGCAUGAGCACACGCGCCAGCGAGUAUAACAGCGUCUCCGCCGAUCUCACCCAACAAAAUGAGGUUUAAGGCCUUUUCAUGCUCAUACCUGUCCAAUCACUGUAAACAACAAAACAAACAAACAAACAAACAAAUCCUUUUGUUCAAUCCACAUUGCAGUUCUCACUUCAGUUCACUCUGUGAACUUCACACCUACACAAGCAUCUGUCCACAGUGUUUGUCUUAAACAUCCCCUCUUGCUUCUCACACAUAGUCAACCUUUUUAUGGGGGAAAAAAAAAAAAAACCACAGUCUGUUCCUCAGACCAAAACAGGAUUAAGAUUAAAUCUGGCUAAUAGUUGAUAUAACAUAUUGCUUGAUUUGUUAACUCGACUAUGUCCCGGAAGGCAAGAAGCAUCUCAGUUGGAAAACAUUUAAUUACUAAAUACAAAUCUCUGAGACUUUUCACAGAGGACUCCCUGAAAAUCAAAGAAAAAAACCCACCCUGCGAAGAUAAAUUAAAAUAGUUUGAUGAAAGGAAUGGAAGAAGGUUCUUCUAUGUCUAAGUUUGAUAGGCCUAUAGCCCAGAGGGAUACUCGAUAACGAUCUGCCCACGCUGUUGACUAGUAUUCAACAGGGCCCUUUACAACACUGCCAUCUUGUGGCUGAAUUGUGAAAUUGUCUGAAUGACAAACCUGUAAUGCAUAACUUGUGAAAGUCCUGAUAUUGGAUUCAUUGGUUGGAGUAUCAAAAUAUUUUAAUUAAUCACAAAAAUCAGAGAUUUCGUAAAACAAAACCUGUAGAGUUCAGGCUCACAGAAAACACUGAAUAUAUUUCAUAUGCCAGAUCUUCUACCACGUGCCAAACGAAGGAAAUUAUCCAUUCCUCCUGAUGAGAUAUCUAUGGUUUUAGCCAUUCCUCCUGAUGAGAUAUCUAUGGUUUUCUCCAAGGCUUGUGUCACUACAUAGAAAUCUAAUGAGCUGUGUUUGUGUAUAUGAAACAAACUGUACGUAUGUAAAGUGUUUUAUGAAUGUUUAUUUUGAUCAUUUCUUUCUCUGUUGUGUGAAAUCAUUUAAUUGCUCAGAAUAACACCUUGUAAAUAGGAACCAAAUUGAACAUACCAAUAAAAUAGUUUACUAUUUCCUUUGUGGCUUGUCAUGCAGCAAA